AUGGACAGUCUAAAGCCUGUUAAACAACAUAUUCUCUGGAAAAAGAGGGCUGAGAUGCUCCAGUCUCGUGUGGAUGAGCUGGAGGAGGAAAAUGGCUUGCUCAAGAAGCAACUUGAAGAUAAGUCUGCACAAGAACAAGUGUGUCUGGAUCUGCUGAAGGAUCCAGUGGCCAUUCCCUGUGGACACAGUUACUGUAAGAGCUGUAUUACAGGCUGCUGGGAUCAGGAGGAUCAGAUGAGAGUCUACAGCUGCCCUCAGUGCAGACAGACCUUCAGUCCAAGACCUGCUUUAGCACAAAGGACAGAGAAACAGAGUUUCCAGUCUCUCUCAGCUCCUCCUGAAUCUACAGACGUAGAUGAUGAUCUCUUCAGUUCUCUCUUCUCUUCUGAUGGCCUGAGAAAAUCUGUCAAGAAGAUCUCAGAGAGAGUCAUAUUUACCAACAUUGUUCCCAGGACCAGGAACGACUUCCUACAAUAUUCCCAUCAGCUCACUCUGGAUCUGAACACAGCGCAUAAACGCCUCCAUCUGUCUGAGAGAAACAAAGUGAUUACUUACACUGACUCAGAUCAGCCGUAUCCUGAUCAUCCAGACAGAUUUGAUUAUUAUUGGCAGGUGUUGUGUAGAGAGAGUGUGUGUGGAUGCUGUUACUGGGAGAUUGAGUGGAGUGGAGAUAAUAGUGUGCGGAUAUCAGUGUCAUAUAAGAGCAUCAGCCGGAAGGGAUGGGGUAAUGAGUGUUCCUUUGGAAAUAAUAAUCAGUCAUGGGGUUUAUACUGCACUCCCUCCAGUUACUUAUUCAUACACGAUAACAUAUGGACUGAUCUCUCUGUGAAGUCCAUCAUCAGGAGAAUAGGAGUGUUUGUGGAUCACGGUGCAGGAACUCUGUCCUUCUACAGCGUCUCUGACACAAUGAGCCUCAUCCACACAGUCCAGACCACAUUCACUCAGCCGCUCUAUCCUGGGUUUUAUAUUAAUUAUAAAUCAUCAGUGAAACUGUGUUGAUGAAUCAGAAUAGAUUGAUAAGAGAUCAAUCUAUUCUACCCAUUCUACCCAUAAUGCUUUGAGCUGCAUGAUAAAUCAGUAACAGUGAGAUGUUAUAGAGUCUCUUCUCUUCAUUUUUUUUAGAGCUUUUUACAAUGCAAAUUGUCUCAAAGCAGCUUUACAGUAUUAAACAGGGAGAUAUUGUGUCGUUCUCCACUGGCCAGACAAAACCAAAACUGUCUCUGGGGCUCAUCUAAGUGUCCUGGUCUCUGCUGACAUUCAGGGCUGUAGAGGUCAUCUAUAGGUGCUGAUCCACCAUCUGAUCUGGAUACAGUCUGGGCAGCCAUAUUGAUGCAGCUCCCAGGAAGCAGUUGGGGGUUUGGUUCUUGCUCAAGGGUCUCACCUCAGUCGUGGUAUUGAGGGUGGAAGAGAGUGCUGGUUAUUCACUCCCCCCAAUAACAACUCCUGCUGGACCUGAGACUCAAACCCACAACCUUCAGGUUACAACUCUGACUUUCUAACCAUUAGGCCACAACUGCUCCCAAAUAACAUGUCUGAAUAAUUGUGUUUAAUAAACGCACUUAGAGUAGCUUCUCUGAAUAUAAUAUGUAUCAUAUUGUCUUAUCUUAUGAUUGCAUUGUUUGAAGGGAUAUUUGUCUUGUCAUGAGUUAGAGAUCAGAGAAAGUCUCCAUUUCCAAGUUUUUAACAUCACAGGAUGAAGUUGUGAAGCAGUAAUGUAAUAUUGUUUUGAGUUAUAAUAACACUUGUUGAUGAAGUCUGAGCAUUGAAAUAA